AUGGCCGAGUUUCCAGCCACUAAUGGCAUCACAACUGUCAUCAAAGCCCCCGAGGGUUACCUGGUAGAUUUGGAGCAUCCGCAACAACAAAAAGUGCUCGAACAUUAUCUGGUGUUUGGAAUCUUGGGGCCCUUGGCAUUUUUGACUCUGAUCCAGAGAUUCUACACGAAGUUCUGUCUAUCCGAUGGCCCAAAGAUCGACGAUUUUCUGAUAUUCUUCGCAUGGGAAACUGAUUCUCUCAAGGUUUGUUCUGUUGUUAUGCAGUCGGUGCAAAUAUGGUCUAUAUCGAUAGGGGGUUUGGGUCACCACGCCUUCGAGAUGUCCAUACAGAUAUACGAGAAGCAUAUGCUGAGCUCUUAUAUUGUUGCCCCGGUGUUUAUUACCUGCAACGGCUUGACGAAAACCUCGCUUCUGACCGCCUAUCUCAAUAUUUCACCACAAAGAUGGUACCGAAACGCGAUACUGACAGCCAUUGCUAUGGUUGCUGCAUACACUGUCAUCAUCGCGUCACUUCUCCUUUUCCACUGUCAACCCAUUCGCACAAACUGGGACCCGUACACCCCCGGAACAUGUCUAAACUCAGCAGAGCUCUACAUGGCCAUCGCCGUUUCCAACAUUGUUUCUGACGUUGUCCUUUUCAUCAUACCAAUCCCCAUGGUUCUUCGUUUGCAGAUGCGGCCAGCUGUCAAAGUCGGCGCCGUGCUCAUGUUUGGCAUUGGAUCCAUAACUGUUACAACAUCUGUCGUCCGUAUGAUUUACUUGCAGUCACUUCUUUCAUCCAACGAUAUUCCAUGGGUAGCAGCCCCGGCAAAUGUCUGGUCUUUUGUCGAGGUGAAUCUAUUCAUCACAUGCGGAUCAAUGCCUACCCUGCGCAGAUUCUUUCGGGGAAUGGCACCGAGACUCAUUGCCUCGGAAGGGUCGAGAGUGAAGGAAAGCACACACCCCAGUAUUUCUCGAGGGCCGCGUAGCAGAUACUCACAGUUUGACGUUGAGAUGGAUAGCCUUUCCAGUGAAAGUGGAGUUUUGGAAGAAAGCAAACAGCGCAAAUCAAAAGCGGGAAUAUGA